AUGUGGCUCCACAGUCCCAAGCAGCGAUUCUUCUCCGCCAAGCAGCGGCACCUUCACGUCCCAUUCCGCCACUGCCUCGCGGGGGAUGUGGUCAUGGAAGAUGAGGAAGAUGAGCUGCUCCACGAGUGUGACGUUUACCUCAACCGGAUGUACGAUCCGCCGGACUUUGUCGGCGACAUGUAUCUUCUGCAGUACCCGCUGCGGCCCAGCUAUCGUCCCUAUGGAGACCAGGGCUCCUUGGAGCGUGUGGAACUGAAACCAAAGAGUCGACGUUUGCGCUUCAUGUACAAACUCAACCAGAAUGACCACUUUCAAGACGAGGAAGUGGUCAUGCCCGAGAAAACCUACGAGCAGCGACACACUUUGAAUUCCACCGUGGUGGUGAACCCCGCGUGCAGCUACGCGGUGGGCGUGCUGCGCCAGGGCCGAAUGACCUUGACGCCCAUCCGCGCAGUGAACCAGCUUCGCCCUGACUUCGAGGAAUUCGACAAGCGCGUCGCGAAGCAGAACGCGGGCGUGGCCGCCGGUCCUCCGGGCCCUCCGGGCGAGGGAGAACGGGAGAACUCCGAGCCCAGCGGUGGUGAGGAGCCCAUGGAUUUGGAUGUGAAUCCCGUGCGUGUGGAAUACGUCAAGGAUGGGGACUCCUCCCGCUUCGCUGCACCUGAUGCCGACGAUGCUUGGAAGAGGUUGGACUUCUUCGAUGCCAGUUCGCCCGAGGCGGCAGACAUCUACCUGCAACACAUCGUCUUUGCGUGCCAAGAGGCUUCCGAAGCAGAGAUGCAGGGGCAAACGUCUUCGGAUCAUCCGAAGCUUCAAGAUUUAGAUCUGGAUGGCGAUCACAUUUCCUUCGUCCGUGGCUUCUGUGGCCAAGCUGCCCGUGCGCGGCUGCGGCAGGCGCGGCAGGAGCUGGCGAAGAAGGCGGGCGCCGGGCUGAGCUCCUACAUCCUCAGCAAGAUGCCCGUGGAGCGGCAGGUGGAGUCCAUUCUUCGCCACUUUGGAGUGGUCUCCUUCAUGAACCUCCGACGGAGGUUGCCACCCAGUACGCUGCGUUCGUUACCCUCAGACCAAGCCCUGGUAAACAUGCUGAAAGUGUGUGGUGUCCUGGUGUGCGGCAACUGGAUCUUGAAAUCCACCUUGGCCAACUUUGAAGGGAUGGAGGAUGAGGGACACCUAUAUGGCUUCGGUGACCCGACGGCGAAGCGCUCCAAGCUGCAGGAGAUUGUUCAGCAACGAGUCCAGGAUGUGGCGUUGGCCAAGCAGCAGCUGAGCAGCGACGCCUUGCAGAAGGAGGUGCUGAAGUUUCAGGAGCACUACGGGAAGCCACAGAGUUUAGUCGAGUGCAUCAGUGAAGCAGAAAAGAAGCCUUGGACUUUGGCGCUGGCGGCAGAGUUUAAGAGGGCUUCACCGUCCAAAGGCGACAUCAAUCCAGAUUUGGACGCAGCGGAACAAGCUUUGGAAUACACCCAGGUGGGCGCCAGCAUUCUGUCCGUCUUAACUGAGCCCAAGUGGUUUAAAGGCUCGUUGGAGGACUUGAAGAAGGUCCGUGUGAGGACCCAAGACUGGGCUAAUGAGGCAGGGCAAAGACGACCUGCUUGUCUUCGAAAGGACUUCUUGAUCGAUGAAUAUCAAGUCGAUGAAGCUCUGGCACAUGGUGCUGACACCGUUUUGUUGAUGGUCUCCGUCCUCAGUCGAUCCAAACUGCGCGCACUCGUGGAGUACUGCCGAGCCAAUGGCAUCGAGCCACUGGUGGAGGUGGUCACCAGCCGCGAACUGGACGUCGCCUUGAGCGUCGGUGCUCGGGUCAUUGGCGUGAACAACCGCAACCUACACACGUUGGUUCUGGACAAACAUCGCACUGCCGCCAUUGCGCAGGAGUUGCGAGAGCGCUCCAUCUCCUUCGGCCGUGGCGAGAGCACGAAGCUUCUGGCGCUGAGCGGCCUGGCCACGGCAGAGGACGUGGCACAGUGCCGAGAGAUCUCCUGCAGUGGAAUUCUGGUGGGCGAGGCUUUAAUGCGAGCCAGCGAUCCAGGCGCUGCGAUCCUAGCGAUGAUGGGCCCAUCCUCGGAUGGGGCUCUACCAGUGCGACCGGGCGAAGUCUUGGUGAAGGUCUGCGGCGUGCGACGCCCCGAGGAUGCGUUGUGCGCUGUGAAGGCGGGGGCGAACCUCAUUGGGGUGAUCUUCGCCAGCUCCAAGCGGCAAGCCUCCUUGGAACAGGCCCAGGCAGUUGUCCAAGAGGUGCAGCGCUUUGGCGAGCGCAGCGAGCGAGCGCCAGCAGCGCGUGCCACGAAUGGUGGAUACACCAACGGCGGCUCAGCGGGUCCCCGUUCGCCCUUUUCAGCUCGCUCGGUGGCGCUGCGCAAGGCCUGCCAGCGCAGCCCGCUGGUGGUGGGGGUCUUCAUGGACCAAGGGAUCGAAGAGGUGGUGCAAAAGGCCCAAGGUGCCCAGGUGGAUGCCGUUCAGCUGCAUGGAGGCGAAGAUCCUGCGUUUUUGCAGCAGUUGCAGAAGCUGCUUCCAGAUGUGUGGCUCAUCAAGGUGGUUCAUUUGCCUCCCUGCUCGGAGAAGAUGGAGGAGAGCACUGCCUUGGUUCAGUUGAAGGAGCGACUGUCCACUUUCGCUGACUGCACCGAUGCCCUCUUGUUGGACACGGCGGUGAAAGGGAGCCAUUCAGGCGGCACAGGGGCGGCCUUCGACUGGCAGGUGGCCAAGCAGUGCCAGGAGCAGUGGGGCAUUCCAGUGAUUGUGGCUGGAGGCCUCAAUGAUGCCAACGUCUCUGAACUGGUGAGCACCGUUCAUCCCUUUGGUGUGGACGUGGCCUCUGGUGUGGAAGAUGCUCCUGGUGUGAAGAACAGCGAAAAGACUCCUCGCUAUGUGAGAGAAGCCAAGCGCGCGCGUUUUUCCAAUUGA